UCAAGGAGCCAAGCAAAAAAAUCGACGGUCGUAUGACCGUUACGCAGCUCGCUGCCGCCGGAAGAUGUGGGCCCUCGGGGACUGGGGCGCCGGGGGAUGUUGCAAUGCGGAGAAUUUAAAUAACCGGCAUUCCCCAAGAAAUGUCAUCGGAGUGCCUCUUAAGGCAUUUCUCAACGUAUGGGGAGAUCGAGGAGGGUCCUUUUGGGUUCGAUAAGCAUACAGGAAAAUCAAAGGGGUUCGCCUUUUUUGCUUACAAGACAGAGGAAAGCGCAAAAGCAGCAGUUUUGCAUCCAAUAAAAAAUAUUGAUGGGCAUCAGAUAGUCUGCAAGUAUGCAGGCGAAGGGAAAAAAGGAAAUCAUGGGGGCAGCACCAAAUGUUGGGGUCGGUGGAAUUCAGGCCUCAAUUGGGUUCCCGGGAAAUGAUGCUCUCCAGCCGUUAACAACGCUUGGUUCACAGUACGGCGGACCCAGAGGUCUGUCUUCCCAUGGGGGUUUCCCUCAGGUUGGAGGGGGAGUGGCGGUUUUACCGCACCACCAGCACCCUUUCUCCAUUGGUGGUCCGGCGUUGACACCAAUUGGGAGUCGGGCGCCCCCAUCACUAGGUAGUGGUGGUGCAUAUGUUGGUGGAACGGGAGGAGCUUAUGGUGUGGGAUCUCAGUACGGUGGCCCGAGAUCUGGUGAGUCUUCACAGCAUAGGAAGCGGUUGGGUUGCUGCGAUUAUUGGUUUUCACGCCAAAGUUCUUUUGCAUGCGACUUGUUUGUCAUUUUGUUGGUUUUUGGCUGAUAUCUUUUCUUAAGAUGCUCUUGUACUAAACUUUGGUGUUUGGUUUUGAUUAUUGGUGGUCUUUAAUUUGGGUAA